UUGGUCGUGCAGUUGAAACCGAGUGGUGUGAUGACUCUGGGGGUCAUGGCAUUGUUGACAAGGGGCCAUGCAAUCCGAGACACGCCGUGCUCGCAGAGUAGUAAAUGGUACAGGGAUGGAAUUUAGCUUCAGUUUCCUCGCCCUGUUUACCAGGUGUCGGCGCAUUCGAUCCGCAAUUAUUUUCUCGCUGUAGUUUAUAUUGGCGUGGAAGAGAUGGAGUUUGUCUCGGUUUUUUUUCUUGUAGUUAGGUUGCUGCCCUGAGACUGGUGGGGCGUCCUUGUGCAUGCUGCGCGAUGUUCCUCGAGUGCGGAGCUCUUAACAGCGUUUGAAAACUCCGUGAAGUUGCUGAGUAUUUGUUUGGGUGACGGGAGGGCAUACGAUCGUCUGCUUGAGAGAUGGGUCAGUUUCGUUGAGAGAUACCUCAGGGGCUCUGUUUCGAGAUUUCCAGCGCAUGCGAGGUUGAGACACGUUUAGUGGAGAAUUGGGUGACUUUUGGGGGCGAAGGGGGGGGGGGAUUAAUUGAGCUGUUUUUUGAGUGUGGAGUAAAACACCUUGAAAGAAGAAGCUCUACAUGUUGUUUCGAACAUUUUGUUAGUUUUGAUUGCUGAACUUUCCGAGCAGACCGGAGUUCGUAUGAUUCUCUCGCCCUUUGAGUUGGAGUAGAAGAUUUAGGGGUUUUGGAUUCUUUUAAACACAGUCUGUAUUGGAGCAGGUAGCACAUAGUCUUAACAUGGAGGCUGAGGAGCAAAAUUGAAAUCAAUCGGCGGGUAAAACAACAUCACUAGAAUUUGAACCUGUAGAACCGAGGCUCAAAGGCAGGGUUAGAAAGAGGAGACUGACAACUUGAGAGGUGGAUUGAUUGAUUGAACCAAGCCCAAGGGACACCAUAUACUCUUUUUGUAAAUAUUUUUUCCCAGAGAGACAAACCUAAAGGUGAACUUUGACCAGCGCUUGUUGAGUACCUAGUGAAUGUUGGAAACCAGUGUAGAAUUACAUCAAAAUGGUGAGAAGUGGUAUCCGCUUCGUCUUUAAGCGUUCAGGGCUUGCAGCGCCGUUUCUGUAUCUCCUAUUCAUGAGUUGCGCCCUGGCUGUGGCAACUUGCGGGUCUGAGGCUAUGUCGGAUGGAGCGUCCAUGUCACAGGUCUCUCAUAUGAAGAUGGGAGUAGCCAACACCAGGAGAGAGCUUGCGAAUAACACUACAACCUUGAACUCGACGCAAUCAUUGCAAGAGGAUGCUGACGUCCUUUUACAAUUCAAGGCGGCCAUUACAAGUGACCCUUCAAAUGUUACCUGGUACUGGAAACCACAAGGUAGGCUGCAAAGGAUUAAUCCCUGCAGACCUUGGGUGGGGAUUACGUGCACAAGAAGAAGAGUAACAGGAAUCAACCUCUACAAUCAAAGCCUCGAGGGCAGUCUUAUUUCGGCGCUGGGGCGUCUCUCACGGUUGCAAACUCUCAAUCUGUCGACUAAUCAGUUUUCAGGUGAAAUCCCCUCCGAGCUUGGCUUGGCCUCCGACUUGGAGAUUCUCGACAUCCGGAGUAACAACCUGACGGGUGCUUUGCCGCCUUCACUUGGAGAUUUAACGAACCUCACUUCGCUUGUUGUAUCCAACAACAAUUUGGCGGGGAUUAUUCCAACCUCGAUUGGCGGCCUUCUGAGUUUAAGAAAUAUGAAUUUGUCUGGAAAUAGUUUCUCGGGUACAUUGCCUUCUUCACUUGGUCAACUUAAUCGCCUGGAGACCUUACACAUUGCGGGAAAUAAUCUUACUGGAAUGAUCCCACAAAAUCUCACGGCCUGCACCGCACUUCAGGAUAUUGAUUUGAGUAACAACAAUAUCAGUGGCUUCAUUCCGUUUCAAAACAUGAAAAAUUUGACCUCGCUUCAUUUGCAAAACAAUAUCCUGGAGGGGAACAUCUUGAACAUUACCACAUUUCCUAUUUUGGAAGAUCUCGAUUUGACAAAUAACCGCUUGGGCGGUGAGAUUCCGCAGAACAUUGGUAUAGUUACAUUGAAAAAGAAUCUCCUUCUUGCGCGGAACAACCUCACUGGGAGUAUUCCGGACGGGAUUGGCGAGUUGAGCUUGGUUGAGCGGAUUGAUCUUUCUGCGAAUAAACUUUCAGGCAGUAUCCCCGAGGCCAUAAGCAAGUGCAUCAGUUUGAUCGAACUAACCGUUGCGAGCAACAGUUUGACGGGGAACUUUUCUGUGCCUGUUGGUGCAUUUCCUAAUCUGAUGAAACUCAAUGUUUCUCAUAACUCGCUCAAUGCUUCCCUCCCAACUCUCGACCAUUUGCUAAAUCUCAAGGUAUUCGACGGAUCUUUCAACGACUUCGUCGGUGAAGUCCCAAGCACAUUUGUGAACUUCCCCUCGCUCGUACAUUUAAAUGUCUCUUCGAAUCGCCUAUCAGGGGAACUGCCUUUCUUCGCCAGCCAUGACAGCGUCGGGGCACAAAGUUUUCUCAACAAUUCGGAGCUGUGUGGAAGUAUUCUGGAUAAAUCAUGCGGCUCGAGCAAGAUUGCAACCAGCACGAUCAUUUAUAUUGUGCUUGGGAGUGUGGCAGGAUUACUAGCACUAGUGUCAAUAGCGUCCUUCAUUGUUUCUUGCAGAGGACGGAAACGGAAGGGUAGCAGAAACUCAGCGCAAAUUUCUGCCGAGCUUCAAUUGAAGCUUUCAGCGGAAGAAAUUUUGACCGCCACGAACAGGUUUAGCAACGAAAAUUACAUAGGCGAAGGCAAAUUGAGUACCGUUUACAAAGGAGUUCUCCCAGACCAGACCGUCGUCGCUGUAAAGAGGCUUGCCAUAACCAGUGCUGAAGGAGAAGAUGCAGAAAACAAAUUGAAUGCGGAACUUGAAUCGCUGGGGCACAUCCGCCACCGAAGUUUGGUGAAAGUUUUGGGAUAUUGCUCGAGUCCAGAUGUGAAGGCACUGGUGCUCGAUUACAUGCCCAAUGGCAGCCUAGAGUCCUUGCUACAUCCCCUUCAGAACGCCGAAGUAAUUCAAGCUUUUGACUGGACGGCGCGGUUUAAUAUAGCCGUAGAAGUCGCUGAGGGAAUAAGGUACCUACAUCACGAAAGCCGUAACCCAGUUGUGCAUGGUGACGUGAAACCGAGCAAUAUUCUUAUCGACGCGAAAAUGGAAGCAAAGAUUGGUGAUUUUGAAGUUGCUAGGAUUUUGACCCAACAGCGAGCUAGUCCCUCAAUGGGGAUCACCACCCCUAAUGGUUACACACCUCCUGACGUUUGGGAAUCAGGAGUUCCAAGCAAGAAGGGCGAUGUGUACAGUUUCGGAAUCGUUAUGUUGGAAAUGAUAUCUGGAAGGAGUCCAGACAGACUCGAACCAGCGCAAACCCUACCUCAAUGGGUCCGUGCAACUGUAUCAAACUCCAAAGCUUUACAUAACGUACUGGACCCCCUCCUGAUGUCGGACCUUGUGGCGCAUCAACAAAAAAUGGCCAUGGUCCUGGGAGUGGCGCUUCUUUGCACUCGGAUCAAACCUGAAGAACGUCCACAUAUGGACGAUGUAUACAAAAUGUUGGUUCACAUUAGGACGAAACUUGCGGAUGCAGAUGCAAGACAAACGAGUCGGAGGAGGGGAUGGAGGUCUGAAAGACGAAACUCAAGUGCCGGACGUAGACAAAGCGACAUUGAAGUGAAAGUGGUCACGCAACCACAACUCCCACAACAAACUCUUCCCCAUACCCCGUCUCUCUCUGACUGGACUCCUCCAAGUCAAGUAUAAUAUCAGAAUUAUGAAUCACUCCAAACUUAAGAUGCAGCUUUGUUCUCCUGCGGUGAUUAAGCAGUGAUGCUCUGGCUUUCCCUCAGGAUGGGCUUGGAUGUAGUUUUUCUGUAGUUACCUUCUCCGACAUGGCUUGCCGGAGUGACGACUUAGAAGAAUUCCGAGUCGACUAUUCUUGCUUUAGAUUAAGGCAAUGAAGUCAUGAUGCAAACAUUGUCUCUGAUUGAGGCAAAUUGAUUAUUGUAGAGUGAUCAGCCUGAUAGGUUGGUUAAAUUGUAGAAAUUCUUCGUUUAAACAAUGCUGACUUGGCAGGCAUUCUAGGUCACAAGUGUAUUCCAGCACUGUGUCACAAUUCAUUCAUCAUUGUAGAUUGUGAAGGCUUGUAGGUCAUACCUGUGUUCAGGCUUGGUGAAGCAUGAUCCCUCAUUUCAUCCA